AUGGUGAAUGUGAUGGUAGAAAGAGCGACGAGCGACAUGCUGAUCGGUCCCGAUUGGGCGAGAAACGCUGAGAUCUGUGAUAUCUGCAAUUACGACCCCAUGCAAGCAAAGGACAUCGUAAAAAGUAUAAAGAAGCGUAUUCGCAGAAGGAACGCGAAAGUGCAGCUUCUUGCCUUAACACUAUUGGAAACCAUUGUGAAGAACUGUGGGGAUAUUGUUCAUAUGCACGUUGCUCAAAAGGAAUUACCUCAUCAGAUGGUGAGAAUUGUGAAGAAGAAGAAGCCGGAUUUUCAUGUAAGAGAGAAAAUAUUGAUUCUAAUAGAUACCUGGCAAGAAGCUUUUGGCGGACCAAGAGCAAGAUAUCCUCAAUAUUUUGUAGCAUACCAGGAUUUGUUGCGUCUCGGGGUAGUUUUCCCUCAGAGAUCUGAAUCUUCGGCACCUGCUUUCGAGAAUCCACAAAAUAAUCGUAAUCCUGAAUCUGGACCAGGUCCAGCUGAGUCAUCUGCAGAAGCUGAAUUCCCUACAUUGAGCCUGACCGAAAUUCAAAAUGCACGUGGUAUUAUGGAUGUCCUUGCAGAUAUGUUGAAUGCUAUAGAUCCUGCUAACAACGAGGGAAUCAAGCAAGAUGUUGUUGUUGAUUUGGUCGAACAAUGUCGUACAUAUAAGCAUCGAGUGGUUCACCUCGUUAACUCCACCACGGAUGAGUCGCUGUUAAACGAAGGAUUAGCCCUAAAUGAUGACCUGCAACGAUUACUAGCUAAGCACGAAUCGAUUUCCUCGGGAGCUGCGCCUAUUCAAUCAGAGAAGUCAAACCUCAAAACUGAUCAUCAACCUUUGGUCAAUAUUGAUGCUCCCCUUAUUGACACGGGCGAUGAUCAACACUCGAAUAAAGGGUCCAAUGGUCAACUAACAACAACAACAACAACAAAAGCCGAUCAAAGCAUUGACCUUUUAAGUUGGGACGGUUUCAAUUCACCGACAGAAAAAAACUCUCUUGCACUGGUGCCAGCUGGCGAAAUCCAGCCUGGCAGCGGGUCCCAACACAACCCGCUCGAUUUAGUCGAUAUGUUUACACAGAGUGAUGACAACCUUAAUAAUGCUCAUCAAUCCUCGAAUUCAACUGGACAAGAAAGCUCCAAUCUUUCACCACCUACAAAUUUUCAGCCUCCACAAGAUUCUAAUCCCAAUGCACCUGAAUUUGAACAGCCGGUUUACGGUUCUCCUAGUACUAGCUCUCUUCCUCCACCUCCUUGGGAAGCUCAACUCGAUGAUCAUGAUCACGAGCAGGCCAUUAUUAGCCAACCUCAACCAAUCAGCAGCAGCGACUUGGCAGUGCAGAACAACAGCCAGCUGGCCACGGGCCCGCAUCAGCCCGAUGGCAUGUAUCCUCAACCUAUGCAAUCGGGUUACAUGUACACACAGGCCCAACAGAUGUAUGGCAACCAAAUGGGUGGAUAUGGAUAUGGGCCCACAUACGGAUAUGGUCAAAGUCAACCUCUGAACGGGCAGUUUCUCGAGCAGAAUUUGUCUGGACUAUCUGUUUCGGACAAUAGUAUGAUAAAGAGCUCGUCUUACCCGGUUUCAUAUGUGCCGUCCGGGAAGCCUUCGAAGCCUGAGGAUAAGCUGUUUGGGGACCUUGUCGAUAUGUCGAAAUUCAAGCCGGCUGCUGACAGGUCAGCGCCAGGUAGGACGGGGAGCAUGUGA